AAAUUCGAGCUCAGCUGGUAGAACAACAAAAAUGCCUGGAGCAGCAAACGGAGAUGCGAGUUCAGCUUCUCCAGGACCUUCAAGAUUUCUUCCGGAAAAAAGCCGAAAUUGAGACAGAAUAUUCUCGGAACCUAGAGAAGUUGGCAGAAAGGUUCAUGGCCAAAACAAGAAGCACGAAGGAUCAUCAGCAGUACAAGAAAGACCAGAACCUGCUGUCGCCAGUGAACUGCUGGUAUUUACUCCUGAACCAAGUGAGGCGAGAGAGCAGAGACCACGCCACCCUGAGCGACAUCUACCUGAACAACGUGAUCAUGCGGUUCAUGCAGAUCAGCGAGGACUCCGCCAGGAUGUUUAAGAAGAGCAAAGAAAUUGCAUUCCAACUUCAUGAGGAUUUAAUGAAGGUUCUUAAUGAGCUUUACACGGUGAUGAAGACGUACCACAUGUAUCACACGGAGAGUAUCAGUGCAGAGAGCAAGCUGAAAGAGGCUGAGAAGCAAGAGGAGAAGCAAAUCGGAAGAUCUGGGGAUCCAGUCUUCCAUAUCAGGCUAGAAGAGAGACAUCAGCGCCGCAGCUCUGUAAAGAAAAUAGAAAAAAUGAAAGAAAAGAGACAAGCUAAGUAUUCAGAAAAUAAGCUAAAAUCCAUUAAGGCCCGGAAUGAAUAUCUCCUAACGCUCGAAGCAACCAAUGCCUCUGUUUUCAAGUAUUAUAUUCAUGACCUUUCGGAUUUAAUUGAUUGCUGUGAUCUUGGCUACCACGCCAGCCUGAACAGAGCCCUAAGGACGUAUCUCUCUGCGGAGUAUAACCUCGAAACCUCCAGACAUGAAGGUUUGGACAUUAUUGAGAAUGCAGUUGACAAUUUAGAACCGAGAAGUGACAAGCAGAGGUUCAUGGAGAUGUACCCUGCUGCAUUCUGUCCACCGAUGAAAUUUGAAUUUCAGUCCCACAUGGGUGAUGAGGUGUGUCAGGUCAGCGCCCAGCAGCCAGUCCAGGCGGAGCUCAUGCUCAGGUACCAACAGCUGCAGUCCCGGCUGGCCACACUCAAAAUCGAGAACGAGGAGGUUAAGAAGACGACAGAAGCCACCUUGCAAACGAUACAAGACAUGGUGACCAUCGAGGACUAUGAUGUGUCCGAGUGCUUCCAGCACAGCCGCUCCACGGAGUCUGUGAAGUCCACUGUCUCUGAGACCUACCUGAGUAAGCCCAGCAUCGCCAAGAGGAGGGCAAACCAGCAGGAGACCGAGCAGUUCUACUUCAUGAAACUCAAAGAAUAUUUGGAAGGCAGUAACCUCAUCACAAAGCUCCACGCCAAGCAUGACUUGCUGCAAAAGACCCUGGGGGAAGGUCACAAAGCUGAAUAUAUGACUACAAGGCCUCCAAAUGUUCCCCCUAAGCCCCAGAAACACAGGAAGUCCCGACCCCGCUCACAGUAUAAUGCUAAGUUGUUUAAUGGGGAUUUGGAAACAUUCGUCAAGGACUCAGGCCAGGCUAUCCCCCUCAUAGUGGAGAGCUGUAUUCGAUUCAUCAAUCUCUAUGGUCUUCAGCAUCAAGGGAUUUUCCGAGUGUCUGGUUCCCAAGUGGAAGUCAACGAUAUUAAAAACUCAUUUGAGAGAGGUGAAAAUCCCCUGGCCGAUGACCAGAGCAACCAUGAUAUUAAUUCAGUGGCUGGCGUUCUGAAGCUCUAUUUCCGUGGGCUGGAAAACCCCCUCUUUCCUAAGGAAAGAUUUAAUGAUCUGAUUUCUUGUAUCAGAAUAGAAAAUCUCUAUGAGAGGGCGCUUCACAUCCGCAAACUCCUCCUGACCUUGCCCAAGUCGGUCCUGAUAGUGAUGAGGUACCUCUUCGCCUUCCUCAAUCAUCUUUCCCAGUACAGCGAUGAGAACAUGAUGGACCCUUACAACCUGGCCAUUUGCUUUGGCCCGACGCUGAUGCCUGUCCCGGACAUACAGGACCAGGUGUCUUGCCAGGCACACGUGAACGAAACGGUCAAGACCAUCAUCAUCCACCACGAGGCCAUUUUCCCAGACCCCAAAGAACUGGAUGGCCCAGUUUAUGAGAAGUGCAUGGCCGGAGAUGAUUACUGCGACAGCCCAUACAGUGAGCACGGUACGUUGGAGGAGGUGGACCAGGAGGCUGGUACAGAGCCCCACACCAGUGAAGACGAAUGUGAGCCCAUCGAAGCAAUAGCCAAGUUUGACUACGUUGGGCGGUCUGCCCGAGAACUGUCCUUCAAGAAGGGCGCCUCCCUGCUGCUGUACCACCGCGCCUCUGAGGACUGGUGGGAAGGCAGACACAACGGGAUUGACGGGCUUGUGCCGCACCAGUACAUCGUGGUGCAGGACAUGGAUGACACGUUUUCAGACACUCUCAGCCAGAAAGCCGACAGUGAGGCCAGCAGCGGCCCGGUCACGGAAGACAAGGCCUCCUCCAAGGACAUGAACUCGCCCACGGAGCGCCAUUCUGAUGGCUACUCGGCCAGACAAAGAAAACGAGGAGAGCCCCCCGCUCCGCUGAGGCGUCCCGGCAGGACCAGCGAUGGCCACUGCCCCCUCCACCCGCCGCAUGCUCUUCCCAACCCCUCGGUCGACCUGGGCUCCCCCAACCUGGCCGGUCAGCCCCGCGGCCUGCUGCAGAACCGUGGCCUCAACAACGACAGCCCCGAGAGGAGGCGCCGGCCUGGCCACGGCAGCCUCACCAACAUCAGCCGGCACGACUCCCUCAAGAAGAUUGACAGCCCUCCUAUCCGAAGGUCCACGUCGUCAGGGCAGUACACGGGCUUCAAUGACCACAAGCCGCUGGACCCAGAGACGAUUGCUCAGGAUAUUGAAGAGACGAUGAACACUGCUCUGAAUGAACUCCGAGAACUGGAGAGACAGAGCACAGCAAAGCAUGCACCUGAUGUGGUGCUGGAUACCUUGGAACAAGUGAAAAACUCUCCCACCCCUGCCGCCUCCACAGAGUCUCUCAGCCCUCUGCACAGCGUUGCCCUCAGGAGCUCAGAGCCUCAGAUCCGACGCAGCACUAGCUCCUCCAGUGACACGAUGAGCACUUUCAAGCCUAUGGUGGCGCCCAGGAUGGGCGUGCAGCUGAAGCCCCCAGCCCUUAGGCCGAAACCUGCUGUUCUUCCAAAAACAAACCCUACUGUAGGACCUGCCCCGCCUUCCCAGGGCCCAGCAGACAAGUCUUGCACCAUGUAAAUACCAGCUGAGCAAGGUCAUAAGGGGAAGUGAUUUUAAAAAGAAAAUGGAUUCAUGACAGAAGUCAGUGAUCCAAACUUUCCUUAGUUUUGUGCUUAUAACUGGAGAUCUUUUGGCUUUUCUAUGUUGUCGAAUGUAAUGUCUAAGACUAGCUAAUUUAACACGGGCAUUUGUAUUUUGUAAUUUUUCUAAGUAACUGGACAGAUGUCGUUUUAAAGACAACAGAAUCACUUAGACUUACUUGAAAAUCCAAUGCUGCACCACUUGUAAUGAAGGCAACACUGCUCCCCGUAUUGCACAGUGCUUCAGCUUUAGUGUAGCCCAGAAGAGUCAGAAAGCUCUUGGCUGGAAAGCGGGAGGAAGUGAUCUCCGUGUCUUACUAGAGCGUAACCGGUGUUGGAGUGGGACUUGGGGUCAUCAAAAGGCGAUCAGGGCACUAUUGGUAACUGAGUGUAGGCACCACCGAUCCCAUCCAGUGUGGGAGUCCAGCUUGUGCUAAGGACUUGCAUUUUUCACAGUGGGACCCUCCUCCCAUGAACUGAAUGGACUAAGUGAUUGCCUCUUCCAUAGCGGUCUAACACAGGUUAGAGCUCCAGUGCUGAUUAAAUUGAACUAAGAAAGAAGAGAGAGACAUCACCUCCAAAGCUACUGCUGCCACUCCAUGUAUAACCGUAAUCAGGCCCUGGAGGACUCCAAGUCCACCCCCUGCAUUUACAAAGGACUAGGACAGUCUGAAGACUUUCUGAGGUUGGGGAGAUAGCUCGGCGGCACAGCACCUGCCCAGCAAGCGCAAGCGCGAAUCCUGAGUUCGAUUCCUGAUACAAAAAAAAAAAAAAAGACUUUCUGGUUACACCACAAACUUCUAUAAAGAUCUGUUUUUCUGACUGCCUAGAAAAUACUUUCCAUCUCCCAGAAAUCCCUGUUUUCCUCUGUGGGAAGCAUGAAUCCUAGGACAUGAAUCCUAGGUCCAGUCAGGAGUCUCUCACUAAAUUACCAUGGCUCCAUUAAAUAUACCACAAAAAGUCAUCCUAAAUUUCAAGUCCUAGUUCUCUCCAUUUCUCCUUUGGUGCCACCCCUCUACGGGCUGUGGUACUUGAGUAAAAGCCAUAAUGGAGCAUCACAGGAAGAUCACCACAUGGGUCCUUCAAGUGUUGUACCUUGGAACCAUCACUUUUCCUUUUAUGUUUGCACUCUUUGGCAUGUGGUCUCUACACAGCUUAAUAGUCAACCCAGCCCAAUUAAAGAGCCUCUUUCUCUGAUCCAUGCCCAUACUCAAUUUUUAUUUAGCUCAUAUUUUUACUAUGUUUCUCUGCUAUCUUAGUUUUUUUGGUUUUAUUUGUAGGGACUGGAUGGUGCUGGGAUUCUAAGCACACAAUCCACCACUGAGCUAUAUUCCUAAAAAUUGUUUUGGAUGCCUUUGCUUUUAGUAAGGUACAAAUAACCAUUGUCCUGACAGCAGCAGUCAAUAGCAUCUAUAGACCUAUAAACUUUUUAUCUAUGCUAUCGUUGAACUUCCAGAUGAAGAAAUACGGAUUGCUCCAAGCAAACUCCUUUGGACCACUGUUUUCAAACCUGCAGCCAAUUACAGGCCCAGCUAAGGACUGCACAGUAUAGACUUUGGUUCAUCAGCCCCUUGGUAAAUGCAUCACGCAGAGGUAGAUUCAGAUCUGUACUAAAAUCAAAAUCAUUACUUUUAUCUUUACCUCAGUUUCCCAGUCUAGUCAUUCUGCAACAGGAUGAGAUCGAAUGAAUGAACUGUGACCUUUCAGAGUCGCGCUUGCCUGUGGCCUGAUUCCAUCAGUGGACUGAACAAGUAGUGUUGUUCUUCCCGUCCCUCGCCAGCCUGCCUGUGGAUCUCCAGACGUGGGAGAAUGUUAAACUUAUUAGUUUUCAGAACUACUCUUUUGGCCAUUUUUAAAAAGAGGUCCAGCCCAGCAUCUGCUCCACCCCAGAGCAUUUCUUUGGAGCUUAGUGGUCAUUUGACCUUCGGACACCAUGGAGACCCAGCAGGACUGAGCUUGGAGUUAGCAGUAACCCUUCUAAAUUGUGCUCCCCAAAUUCUCUAGAAGAUUGAAUUUUCCUAAUCCCCCGGUUCUUUAAAAUAAUGAGUUCUUAAAACCUUUUUGCUUCUUUGAUGGAAAAGUAAGAUGUUAACAGAGGCCAGGGGAAAGGCAGAGGUGUUUGGAAUCUAUUUUUAAAUGCUUUUUACAGGCUUUCACGUUCGCUCUUCAGAUAUUACUCCUGCAGGUUGUUCUUCAGAUAGCUGCCUGGUAAUCCUCCCAGGGUGUCCUCGUCCCUGGUGUUCCCACCUAUCCCGUAUCACUGAUUGCCUUUCUAGCCCCUAAAUCAGGACCCUGCUGCCUUGGAUGACGGAGGACAUGCUGCUGUCGACCCUCAGAGGCUGUGCUUUCUUUCAGGAAACAGCUGCUGACUAUUAAUUCUCCCCUCAGUCCCUUACCCUACUGUCCGUUGUUCUCUCUGUACUCCUGUGUCUCCUCCAGAAUUUUCUGCCCUCAACUCCAAGUGAAAGGUAGGACCUCUGAUUAAGGACUCAGUAAGGACUUACCUAUCCUCACUUUAUUUAGUAAAAAUAUUCAGAUUGCAGUGCUAAGACCAAGUAUCCUCUUCACAAAGGAUCCAAGAUGAUAUCCUGAGAAACUGCAGCAGCUGAGAAGGUUCGCCUGGGACGCAGCCUGCUUUAGGGCCUCAGGGGCAGCACGUGGAGGGCAAGCAGAAGAAAGAGAAAAGAAGGAGCCCCAGAAUGUUACGUCCUCAUUUCAGGGAUCUUAAGUUUUCAUGUGCAGUUUAAGGAGAAUGUCAUUUCGAAGAUGGGUAAAUUAUGGUUCUACAAAGAUUAUCUGACUCCACCUACGCAAGACUAUCUAUUCACAGCUGACAUAACUGUAUGUUCAUGUCCCAAAGAACUCACUGAAGUAGAUUUGUCAAGCAGCCUUCUGGCUAGGGUUGGGGGUUUGGAGAGUGGGUGUUAGGAUAGAAGAGAAAAGUACUUAGUUUACAUUUUCUGAUGAAUGUCACGGAAACUAUUUCAGUCGUUAAGCGGGCUUUGCAGAGCUCCACAUUCGUGGGCACGUUCAAUGUCAGCACCACUGUUCAAAGUUUUAUUUGUCUUCACACAAGAUAACCUGAGUUGGUGCCUCUUGACCAUCUGUCGAAUAAGCUACGACAGCUUCCCAUUUAAUCUACCAUCCUGGUGAUAUCAGUGGUAUAAAGCUCCAAGGAUCAAAUUAUGUCCUUCAGUAGUUUCCUGUCAUUGUACUUUUGCCAUUCCCAAAAUGAGUUUACAGUUUAUUUAAAAUUUAAAAGGGGAUGAGUUGGUGGUAGUGUCCUUAGCACUUAGAAAUAAGAAACUAUAAUCUGUCAAUUACGCCUCUGAAAUUCAAAAUUAAACUGUCCCUGGGUCUGGAAAGCGGGUUAGAAGACUUCGAGGGUGGGUCAGUACCCAUUUUCUCCUGACCACAGCUGUUAGGGGCCACGAAUGCCGUGGGCCUCGGUCUUGCUUUGAGUGAUCACCGCAGAUGCCCUGAGACACAGGGCAGCUUCGAAGCGAAGGCUGUGUCCGUGUACAGCGCCCUGCCCGGGCCAGCCCUGAGCUGAGCACGCAGCCUCCAGCUGGGCUGGAGCACCAGGCUUUGUUCAGGGUGACCUGGAAACAGAUGGGUGAAUUAGCUGGAACGUAAGCUCUCAGUUACCCUAGUAUACUUUCUUUAAAAAAAAAAAAAAUAGUCUACAUGGUAUAAUCCACAUGGAUACCUGUAUCUUUAAAUUACGUAGGGAAUUUUGUAUGUUUAAAUAAUUGUACUGGGUUCCAUAAUGCUUAUCUUAGAAACUGUUUAGUAAAAGAAAAAUAUAUAAACUGUGCAUUUGUGAAUGCCCCCGUUAGCGCAUUCAUGCAAGUUCCAUGUGUAGUGUGAUGGUUAUUAUAGAUAUUUAAAGUAUAGUAAGUGGCUGUGUAACAGGAAAGACUUUUACCUGCGUACUUAAGGUAACUCCUGCCCACGUAAUUAAAUCAGUAUUGUCCUUUCCUGUCGGUUUGAUUAUUUGCAGUACUGGUAGCUUCCUGCUUGUGACUGUUACCUAAUUGUGUCUAUGUACAUCCGUAGUAUGUACAUGUGAAAGUGCCUUUCUAUUGUAGAGGAGUUUAGCCCUGCUCUCGUACUGUUGCCCCACGCUGUGCCCCGCCUUCCUCCUCCCGUCCUUGCUGCCCACCUGGGUGUUGUGACACUUCCUCCUCCACUCCGCCUGCAUCCUCUCCAUCCCACGUUCCGUGUCUCCAUGCUCAGUCACGUCUGCCUCGUGUCCCCGGCGACCAUCAGACUGUCUCCUUGUCCUCAUAGACGUGGUUGUGCCUUCCUCCCCUGGCAGUGACUCCCCGAGUCCUCCCGUCCCGCCCCUCCACGCCUCGCUCACACACGGCUGCCUGACGUCAGCCUCACCCACGCCGUCCUCUGCCCCUUGCGGUUACGUUCCCUCCCUUCUGAGGUGACAACAACAGGGGCUGCUUUUCCAGUUCUGGAAGAAAAACAUGUUUUGUUAUUCUGUUGUGACAAUGCACUUUUCUGUAUAGUACUGUACAUUUUGGCAUGUACCAUUACAGGCUUCAGUAUACGGUCGGGUUCGUUCUUCACGGUGUAUCUUUGUAAUAAAUAAGAUAGUUCUGGCCACCUUG